CGGAGGGGCGGAGCGGUUCUCCUCACCGGGCGGUGUCAGCUGAAGAAAACGGAGACACAGCAGCAGAGAGAGGCCGACACACAGGGAGACACAGGGAGACACAGGGAGGUGACUGUUGUACUGAAUCACACCAGCGGACUUCAGGUGUCAGCAUGUCGACUAGUGUCAGCGCUGAGGAGGUGGAGGAGAUCAGGGAGGGCUUCCAGAAAGUGGAUGUGGAUGGUAAUGGCUACAUCUGUGCCUCCGAACUUGGUGAUCUCUUCCGCGAGGUGGGCUGUCCUUUGCCCGGAUACCAGAUCAGAGAACUCCUUCAGAAGCUGGACAGAGACAACGACAGCCGUAUCAACCUUGAAGAGUUCACGGCUAUUUUCCAGGAUAUGAAGGAUGACCGCUUGGCCCAGGGCUUCAGGAAAGCUCUGAACAAGAAAGAAGGCAUCUUAGCCAUCGGGGGCACCAGCGAGAUCUCCAGUGAAGGAACUCAGCAUUCAAUCUCUGAGCAGGAGCGCUACGCCUUUGCCAACUACAUCAACUCUGCUCUGGAGAAGGAUCCAGACUGUAAACACGUCCUGCCCAUCAACCCCGAGACAGAGGCUCUGUUUAAAGCCGUGGCAGACGGCAUCAUACUUUGUAAACUCAUCAACCUGUCUGUUGCUGACACCAUCGAUGAGAGAACCAUCAAUAAAAAGAAACUCACAGCUUUCACCACGCAGGAGAAUCUGAACUUGGCUCUUAAUUCCGCCUCAGCCAUCGGCUGCCAGGUCGUCAACAUCGGAGCUCAGGAUCUGAAGGAGGGAAAACCUCACCUGGUGCUUGGACUCCUCUGGCAGAUUAUCAAGAUAGGACUGUUCGCUGACAUAGAGCUGAGCCGCAAUGAAGCCAUAGCAGCGCUGCUGGAGGAAGGGGAGAGUCUGGAAGAGCUGAUGAAACUCAGUCCUGAGGAGCUGCUGCUGCGCUGGGCCAAUUUCCAUUUAAAGAAAGUUGGCAUGUCCAUAUCAAACUUUUCUGGAGAUAUUAAGGACUCCAAGGCGUACUUUCACCUGCUUGAGCAGAUUGCUCCAGACGGCACCAAAGAGGACGUUCCACGGAUUGAGAUCGACAUGUCUGGUUCUUUUGAGAAGGAUCCGACAAAGAGAGCAGAGUAUAUGCUCAAACAGGCCGACCGCCUCGGCUGCAGACAGUUUGUGACCGCCACUGAUGUCGUGUCUGGAAACGCAAAGCUCAACAUGGCCUUCGUAGCCACGCUCUUCAACAAACACCCGGCUCUCACCAAACCAGAGGACCAAGACUGGAACCUGGAGAGCGAGACCAGAGAGGAGAGAACUUUCAGGAACUGGAUGAACUCUCUCGGAGUCAAUCCACAUGUCCACCAUAUCUACGGUGAUCUGCAGACAGCCAUGGUGAUUCUCCAGCUUUAUGAAAAGAUUAAAGUGCCAGUGGACUGGGACAGAGUCAACUACCCUCCAUACAAGGGAGGAGCAGGGCAUUUAAAAAAGAGGGAAAACUGUAACUAUGCCGUGGAUCUGGGUAAGAAGAAAGCUGGUUUCUCCCUGGUGGGAAUUGGUGGACAGGACCUCUACGACGGGAAUCCAACACUAACUCUGGCCGUGGUGUGGCAGCUGAUGAGGAGGUACACGUUAAAUGUUCUUGAAGACCUUGGAAGUGGAGAAGCUGCAGGAGAUGAGUUGAUCAUUACGUGGGUCAACAAGACUUUGGCUGACGCUGGCAAGACUUCCUCUAUCAAAAGCUUUAAGGACAAAUCGAUCGCUACCAGUAUGCCAGUUCUGGACCUGAUUGAUGCCAUUCAGCCAAAGAGUGUGAACUUUGAACUGGUCCAGACAGGAGAUCUGUCAGACGAAGACAAACUAAACAAUGCCAAGUAUGCCAUCUCCAUGGCGAGGAAGAUUGGGGCGAAAGUCUACGCCCUGGCUGAGGACCUGGUAGAGCUCAACCCUAAAAUGGUGAUGACCGUCUUCGCCUGCCUGAUGGGGAGAGGCAUGAAGAAGGCUUAAAGGAGACACACACACACACACACACACACACACACACACACACACACACACACACACACACACACAUGCUGACCGACUGUCUUCAGUUAUUCUGCAUAAGCCAAGUUCUGGGUCUGCCCAGUGCAUGCUGGGAUAGACUCCUAAUACAUGAAUAAAAGGUUUUGUUUCUUUAAAUGUGAAGGCUGUGAUACAUCGGGACCAUUUAGAGACAAUGACCAUGAGAUGAUAGAUGGUAGAUAGGUGCCGGUUCUUUCUCAGCAUUUCAGGGUUUUGUUGUUUUCUUGAUCCCUAAUGAGACAUUACUGUACCUCAAUCUUGUUGCAUUGCCUCCAAGUUUCCCAUGUGCCACUGCCUCAUGAUAUACCGACUGCGUUCUGCUGUAUCUUCCAAUGUGCCAGCCAAUUCACAGUUUGAGCAUUUAUUGUACUUAAGCCAUAAUACGGUAUUCUUUACUGAAUAACUUUUGGCCUUUUUUAUAUAUGACCAAAGCUGUGCUAGACUAUAGGUAGUUCAUGUCAUCACACUAGAAACUGUAAAACGUUUAAGUCCAUUAACUCACCCAUCAAUACUGAUGUCAUUAAGGUAGUUUUAAUGGGAUUUUAAGGGGAUUUUAUCAGAUAGAUUGAUGGAUGUAAUAUAUCUGUAACUUUCAUGAGGAACACAUUCAGGUAUUUUUAGUGGAUUAUCUCUAACCUCCUGAGCCCUAGCCCUAUCCCUCAGGAAAAAAACGCCUAAAAUAACUACCCAAAAUGAAUCAGGAAUAGCCCCUCAACCAUAAGGCUUAUAUGCAUAUAUGUGGUCUCUUUUGAAAGGUAAGAAGCUAAGGAAUAUGAAUAAAUUGUAAGUAAACUAAACUAUUUCAUCAUGGAGAUUACAAUGGAGAUGCAGUAUAGGAAAAAAAUACGAUUUUCAUCAUCUGGAUUGUAUUUCUCCUCUUUGGUGAAAUACUUUGACAAGAAUAAAGAUUUAUGUCAGUCUGACUGUAAAAUGUGAAGUUUGACUGUUUGGUUGCUCCAUUCCCUGUGUGUGUGAUCCAAGUAGAGGUGCGUUCAAGUGCAUUGGAAAGCUUGGAAUUUCUAGUUUCCAGAGAAACUACGCAUGACAUUGUAGCCUUAUGAAAAAAUGAUCACAGAUCUUUUGAUCGCAACUUGUUCUUAUAUUUACGAAGUACAUUUCUGUACAACUUUAUUGUUAAAAUCCUUCGUAAUAAGACAUAGUUUGGACAACAUGCAGUUGGUUUACGGAUUCUGAAAACUGAAGGCCUCAGGUUUUCAAAAUGGUGUAACAUUCAUAUGUUCUAUAAAUAGAUGAUGAAAUGGAGGUGUUUUCUAACUACGUCACGGGUUGCCCCCGGUACUGGGGGCUCACGGGUUCUAGAGGCUAAGGACAUUUUAAGAACUUUUUUUUUAUUUGGUCAAACUGACCAAAUACCAUGAAUGCCUUACCUUAUUUUAAAUUUCAACACAGGUCUUAAUUUUUCAAUGAAGGUUUCAUGCGUUUUGGUAACUUGCAGAUAAUCCAUUAAAAACCCAUUGAUAUGAAAUAUAUCAAUACAUCUAUCAAUUAAUUGACCCCAAACUAAUUUAUGCAGAAAACCCAUUAAAAAUCCCAUCAAAUAUUAUAAUCCAUUCAUUUGUCCAUUAUGAAACCAAAAAAAUCUGGUGUAUUAAAUACCUGAAUACUGCAUAAGAAUCCCAUAUAAUGGCAUUUAUUUGCACCUGAAAAUAUUUCAGACCCCUAAAUCAAAAGCCAACCUUAAAAACCUUGAAAUGAUAUAAGUAGUCACAGCUCCCAUUUUAGAAAAAUAGAAGCAGAGUUUAUUUUGUUUAUUCCGUCUAUGCAGCAGUUUCUUUUCUAAAUUGUGUACAUCUGAAUUGUAACAUGUCAAAGCUGCUACUGCUUUCAUAUAAACUCAAUAAAACAGAAGAUGGUGUAUACCUGCAGUGUAUGUGUUCCCCUUCAUAAUCAAAAUACUGUCUGGAGAUGAUUCCCACAUUAUUCAUACAGGAACAGAACAUGUGGAUUUGACCCAUGUAAACAAUGUCAUGAAUUCAGAUUGUUCGGUUGCUUGCAAACAGCCAUGACUGAAAUAUGACUUCAGGUGUAAAAAAAAAAACAUUCUAAGACAGAUUUCUAAUUCUGUAUUAGUCUAAAAUAUUAAUAUUUGUUUGCCUUAAUGCUGCAUUUGAUUAUGUGGAUAUCCAGGUUUGUUGCUGCUGAUGUUAACAUUCCACUAUUGUUCUGUUUUUUUUUCUUUUAUCCAAAAUGUUUCUUUAUUGGCCCCUUUGGAUUGACCCUCUGGGCCAAAUAAUUGCUUUACAUGAUAGCAAUACUUCCACAAAGUCAGUAUGUACAAUCAGAUCAAUAAUGUUCAAUAAAAGCAUUUUUCCAUA